AUAUCAUAACCUUGACCAGUACAAGAUAAUCCCAAAUAGUGAUUACGGUACGGUUACUGAGCAAGCCAAACAGACACAAACAAGAAGACCAUCCAUCCUGGAUGAUGAUGAUGAUGUUCAGAACAGCUGCGUUUACCGCUCUGUGUUACCUCUCUCUCUUUCUCUUUCUCUUUCCUUCUAUUCAGUCCCAAUUUCUGACGAUAUUUUUAGGGCUUUUAUUGUCUUAAUCACUCAUCUCUGGCUAUUGGGUCUUCCUUUAUUUCGCUCUCUCCCUUCUAGCUGGUAGCUGUACUCAGCGUAGCUCAAGGUUAUGAUAUUCACAUCAUAUUAAUGUUGCAAGUCGUGAUUCUCUUGAUAGAAUUAGAAAUGAAUUAGUUCAACUUCCUUGUCAAGAAGUACAAUAAUAUAUUAACUGUGAUGGCUCGUAAAGGUAAUCAACAGAGGAAUGGGGUGGAUCGCCAUACUUCAAACCACAAAAAAAAGGUUUCAGAUUCAGGGUAUGCAAUUCCAGAUCUGAAAGGACAAGGAAAAGCUAGUGAAGUGAAGGUUUUUCCUGGAGAAGAAAUCCCAAAUGGUAAUCGGCCUAGUAGUCUUUCUACAGAUCACAAACCUAAGCAAAAUUCUGGAAAAUAUCAGAGAAGAGAGGAGCAAGGUAUAGAUCAAGAGCAGGAUCCAGGGGCGCCAGUGUCAUCUGGGAAUAAUUCAGGGGAUUGCAGUAGUCCUUUUAUGCAAAAUUCAAGUAUAAGACAAGGAAAUGGAACAUUACCUGGAAGGGAAAGUAGUCCAAAACUUGCAAAAAAUGGAUUAAACUACUUGCUUAAUAGCUUGCGUAUGAAAAAGGUGUUGGAAAAUGUUGAGUUUUUAGGAAAUAUGGCAGUUAGAAACUUGCGGCCAUCGACUUUGUCCAUAUUGAAGGCAGCAGGUGAAUGGCUGGAGAGGCAAGGGCCGGUGUUUGCUAGGUUAACAACCAACAUCUACAAUGCUCGUGAUUAUGUUAAACUGAAGGUUGAGCAAGCGUAUCCUGUUGUUUUGAAAUGGCUCAUUAAUUUCGGGAACAUAAUGCUUCUUCUGUCAGUGGUUUGGUUGGAUUUCACUCUUAGAGGCAUUGAUUCCUUUUUACGGCUUGGGACAACAUCCUUUUUUUCAGUUAUAUGGUGUAGCAUCAUGUCAGUAAUUGCAAUGGUUGGGUUGUUCAAGUUUCUGAUCGUUCUGGCCAUAGCUGCAUUUGUGGGAGUAUUCAUCGGUCUCACCCUUGGACUUUUAGUAGUUGCCGCUUCUGGAACAGUUUUUUUAUGGCUUUAUGGAAGUUUUUGGACAACAAUAUUUUUCAUUCUUAUUGGAGGGUUGGCAUUCAUGUUGCGCCAUGAACGUCUUGCUCUUCUGAUCACUACUGUGUAUUCCAUAUAUUGUGCAUGGACAUAUGUUGGAUGGCUUGGCUUACUUUUAGCCUUGAAUUUGUCUUUUAUCUCAAGUGAUGUUCUGAUAUAUUUUCUAAAGAAUAACAUGAACCAACGCGGAAGAUCCAAUAGAUUCCCCGAACAGACUGCAGGAGUGGAAGGUCAAUCAGGCUUCUCCAAUGGCGAGCCUUUUCAUGCUUCUUUCUCUGAUACUAGCCCAGGGUCAUCGUCAGAUCGUAGCCCUGGAGUCCCUUCAACCAGUGGGGCUGAUUCUGAGUUGACUUCUGAAGAAGAAGUUAUUCGGUUGUUGAACUGUACUGAUCACUAUUCAGCGUUGGGUUUUUCCCGCUAUGAGAAUGUGGAUGUAUCUUUACUAAAGAGGGAGUAUAGAAAAAAGGCAAUGUUGGUUCAUCCUGACAAGAAUAUGGGAAAUGAGAAGGCUGCAGAAGCUUUUAAGAGACUUCAAAAUGCGUAUGAGGUUUUGCUUGAUUCCUUGAAGAGAAAAGCAUAUGAUGAUCAAUUAAGGAGGGAAGAGUUGCUGAACUAUUUCCGCAGGUCUCAAAGCACUUCUCAGAAGAAUGGAGAGCGUAGUUUUUUUGCCUCUGGAUUUGGUCAUUCAGAGGCUGAAGAUGAAGACCCUUUUGGAGAAUCAAGACGCAUAGCUUGCAAAAGGUGCAACAAGUUUCAUGUCUGGGUACAUACAACAAGGUCAAAAUCUCGAGCAAGAUGGUGCCAGGAUUGCAAAGACUUCCACCAGGCAAAGGAUGGAGAUGGAUGGGUUGAGCAAUCAUCUCAACCAUUCUUUUUUGGAUUAUUGCAGAAGGUUGAUGCUCCCACUGCAUAUGUUUGUGCAGAUAGCAAGAUAUAUGAUGCUACUGAAUGGUAUAUUUGUCAGGGAAUGAGAUGUCCGGCCAACGCUCACAAACCAAGCUUUCAUGUCAACACCAGUGUUACUACCAAGCAUAAUACUGGGAAGGGACCAAGCUCAGGACAAAGAAGUGGCUGGACGUCAGCAUCUAACAUGGAAGAGACUAUGACAGAGGAAGAGUUCUUUGAGUGGUUUCAGAAUGCAAUGCAAGCAGGUGCAUUUGGUGUCAGUACGUCUGCCGAGAGCCCACCUGCCAAGGCCGGAAAUGGUCCUAAGAGCAGUAGCAGUGGAAAUAGCAAUACCAGUGGUAAUAAAAGGAAGAAAAAGGGCAAAAAGCAAUGGUGAAAGUUAAUAUUUUCAAUUUUUUAUUUUCUAAUUAUGUAAGCAUAUUCCAACCCUAUAAAAAGGGCUUAUAAGCUUCAAGAAAGGCCUUUUGUCUUUUCUUAAUGAGGGCCUGAGGAAAAUUACAAAAAGAAAAUUAGUUUGAAUCAAUUGAGUUGUUUUCUGCAUGUGUAGAAGUCCCUUAGUCUUCUUACUGCACUGUUCGUAUAGUGUCUGUUGUCUCUAGGCUCUCUCUCCCUCUAUCCUCCAUAGAAAAGGGCCUUUGGCAGAUUUGACGCUAAUGGAUUAGGGAGAUAGUGUUAGAAAAGAGAGAAGAUACAGAAACUCAUCGCUAUGAUUAUAUCUGUAGCAACUCCAAAUUGAGCCAUGGAUCGGAUGCCACUGUAAAGAGAGGUCGCAACGACAUGCAGUGAAUAAAUUUACAGUAACUAUAUAAUAAUUCAUGUGUAUUUACCUAUCCAUUUGGUUUUUAAUGAAGGAAAAAAUUAAUUGAAUUUAAA